AUGAACUUCCAAGGCCCCGGCCCUGACUAUGUCAACGAAAACCAUCCAAACCAGACCUACACAACCAACUCUACCAAUGCAACACCUCCAGCGGCAGCGACCGCAUCACAAGUCACAGUCCUCCACGCCCCGCUUACACAACAGACGUUCCGACACGAGUCUUCUCCAUCAUCACCUCCGACUAUCGUGCCAUACGUCCCAUCUCCUCCCUCAACUCCUGAGCUAGACGGGCCAGACCGACUAUUUCCUCAAGAGACUCGAGGAACUCGGCAAGCCCAGCAGACUCAACAACCGGCAGCCACAUAUCAUGUUGCUCAACCGCCCGUAGAUCCCCGUCCAUUAGUACGUUUCGAUCCCCGACAAGUAACCAUGGCCGUCCACCCACCAGUCGACUGGGCCGUCUCCGACUUCAAGAACGACCUUGUCCGAGAAGUGGAGAAGUCAGUUACCCCGGGUAUCGACAGCACCCCGUUCAUACAAUAUGCAUUAGAGACCAUGACCCAGCCCCGUGAAGACGAGCGCGAUGUCUCGGCUGUUUAUUCGUCUAGUAGCGAAGGGACAAACCCCGUGUUUCGCUACCUUCCUGCAGCGAUACCGGGUCUCUUCCAGCCAACCCAGUCAUAUUUGCCCGUGAACUCUGGGUUUCCGGAACUAGAAGCGCGGGAGUUGACGAGUCCCGACGAGGAACUUGCCGCCCUGCGACGCUCGAGACAAGAAAACCGACUACAUCCGGAACCGCGACUUGGCCGUCGAUCAAGCCGGCUGCGACCACUUUCAGGAGGUGUCGUAAGGGUUCCUUAUUCAGACUCCCCGGAGAUCCCGGCUGGGUUCCAAGCAGGCGGGCCUGGUGACAGGCUGCGGAUGCUGGAUCACUUCGACCGGCUUGAAGCAGCAGCUUCGCCAAAAAGAUCUCCCAGGGAUGUUAUCAACUGGCAAUCCCAGACUGACAACUUUGCGGAUCCCGAGAAGGCUGCCAGCUACCCGCCAUUAACGUACAGGCCCUGGAUUCUGCGCAUACAGUCGCUUUCACUCUUGGCAGCGCUUUGCGUGCUAAUGAUCGCGGCGCUGAUGUUCGCGGCCAUCUUUUCAGAACGUCACAAUGGUUUGACGGUUUACAGCGGCACACUAUACGACGGCUACUACUUCUUGUUCCGAAUAUUUCCGCAACUCUUGGCUGCUGUUCUAUUACUAUACGCCCAAAAUGUUAUUACCACAGUGUUCAGAAUCCUGCCCUUUUCAGCGCUCGCAUCCGACGACUUACGCUCGCGGCGCAAUGUGGGCUUUUUGCCAUUAUACCCAAAAUCGUUUCUUUGGCCACAGCUCAUCAGCACGUGGCAAGUCUGGAUACCCAUUGUUAUUACUUGGAUUUUGAACAUUACGAUACCCUUACAAAGUUGUGUAUUUACUGUGGUUUAUGUCGGCCAAGUUUGGACAUGGUCGACGGUACAAGGAGUGGCUUGGUUCCUCGUCGCCCUGUAUUUCUCGAUGUUACUGGCAACCGUUCUCCUGAUUAUUUAUUGGCAUAAUAGGAGAACAGGUUUGGUACCUGACUGGGAUAUUCGGUCUCUUGCGGACAUUAUUGUCUUAUUAGCCCCGAGCAACUCCGUUCAACAGUACGCAGGAACCGAGACGGCCGAGAAGAGGAAUGACAUGCGACACAUGCUGUACAACAACAUUGAGCGCCUUGGAUACUGGCGAUCCCCGGAUGUGCCCGAUUCAAGCCUCUGGUAUGGCAUAGGAGUCUCAACAAACGAAGAGAAGGCAAAAGUUGAAUCACUGGGCGACCCAGUUCAUGAAAAAGGACCGCGUGGUGUGCCACCAAACUUUAUGCCAUUUCGCGGAGACGUACGUACUCGCUAUCUUCCAUGGUGCAUUCGGGACACUCAGAUCAGUUUCUGGGCUGUUUCAGCUACGAUACUGCUCGUUGUCCUAUUUGUUGUCUGCUUCAACCCAGCUACGGACGUUCGUCAUGGAUUUCUCCCUCUUCUGAGCGCUGCACCCGGUCCCGGUGCUUUUUCAGCGGCCGACUUCUUAUAUUCGUUCCUACCGUCGUUGCUGGGAAUGGUUGUGUUUCUGCUGUUCCAGUCACUCGACUUGACCUUGCGAAUUCUGACGCCCUGGGGAGAGCUUUCUCAUAGAGAUGGCUCUUUGGCUAAGAACUCAAUCUUGCUGGAUUAUGCGGCAUGCUUGCCACUAGAGUCGACUUGGAAGGCUUGCAGGCACGGUCAUUGGAGAGUAGCGCUUAUUUCGCUACUAUCGACAUUAUCCAUUCUCGUUCCAGUCUUGGCUGGUGGUAUGUUUAUGGCGCUGACUGCCACUGAUCAUGUCGUUCGCAUGUAUCCCAACGUGGCCGUCCUCAGCGUGGUUCUCACUUUAUUGAUACUGACGCUGUUCGGAAUCAUCUCUAUAAUCUUUAAGAGAGACCAAUUUCGUCUGCCCCAUGCAGUCACCUGCCUCAACGAGAUCAUUAGCUUCUGCUACGCCGAAGAGUUGCGCGCAGACCCAGCUUUCGAAAGCACACAGGGUCAUAGGCUACUCAAGCAGAAGCUGGGCGUCUACAGGGACAACGCAGAGCAAAGCAGAUGGAUUUUCGGUACUGGUUCUGGCAAGCAAGAGACACUGGGCAUCCGCCGCUACGGCAAAUUCACUGGCGACACUCCCCAUGUUGCUGCCACAAAGCAGCGAGCAAAGGAGACGCGCGACGCUGCCGGCAAAGCUCUGAGAAGGGCACUCGAGAGGGACCUCGAGGAGACACAGCGCCGAGCUAUCUCAAGACCGGUGCCAAAGGGUAAUUCGACGAUGAUCUAG